AGCAAACCACGACAACUUCAACAGCUGGCCCGCAUUCGUGCAAAAACACCACCGAUAUCACACAGAUCUACCGCGGAAGCACCCCCAAAAAUCCUUCACGAUGCUUGAGGCACGGCUGGAGCAGGCAAGCAUUUUGAAAAAGAUCGUCGAUGCGAUCAAGGACCUGGUGCAAGAUUGCAACUUCGACUGCAAUGACAGCGGCAUCGCCCUGCAGGCAAUGGACAACAGCCAUGUCGCGCUUGUGUCUAUGAUGCUCAAGGCCGAGGGUUUCUCGCCGUUCCGCUGCGACCGCAACAUUGCUCUCGGCGUCAACCUCACCUCGCUCACCAAGGUGCUGCGGGCGGCGCAGAACGAAGACAUCCUCACGCUCAAGGCCGAGGAUGCGCCCGACGUCCUCAACCUGGUGUUCGAGAGCUCCGAGACGGACAGGAUCUCCGAGUACGACCUCAAGCUUAUGGACAUUGACCAGGAGCACCUGGGCAUCCCGGACACGGAGUACGCGGCGACCAUCACCAUGCCCGCCAACGAGUUCAAGCGCAUCACGACGGAUCUGAUUGCCGUGUCCGAGUCGGUGACCAUCGAAGCGAGCAAGGACGGCGUCAAGUUCUCGUGCCAGGGCGACAUCGGCAACGGGUCGGUCACCCUCCGGCAGCAUUCUAACGUGGAGAAGCCGAGCGAGUCGAUCGAGAUUGAGCUCAGCGAGCCCGUCUCGCUCACCUUCUCUCUCAAGUAUCUGGUCGGCUUCUGCAAGGCCUCGGCGCUGUCAAACACGGUCAAGAUCUGCCUCUCCAACGAGGUGCCCCUGUUGGUCGAGUACAGCCUGGCGGGAAGCAGUUAUCUGCGCUUCUACCUCGCGCCAAAGAUCGGCGACGAGGAGUAGAAACGGCGCUACGACCUGGACGACGACGAUUCGAGGACCGAGGCAACGACGGUCACGCAAGAAUUGGCUCUAUGCAUGGAUACCUGCUACGGCUGGCCCAGGAAAGAGUGUUUGUUCAGAAGAUGCAUGGUGGACACGUGAUGCUUGGACGGCCAGCGGUGCGGCCAUCUUGGCGCGGUUCCAUGGUAAUGAAGCUAUUUCUUUGCUGCUUAUGGGCUUCCAUCGACGCGCACCUUCAAACCGCGACCUCAGAAGCCCAGGGUGUCCUAUGGGUGAAGCUCAGCGCUAGGCUUGCAGCACAAUUUGUGAUGUCAGCGAGGGGUUUCUUUACAUAGGUGCGGAAUACAGAGCGUGCCGCGGCAUGGCGGGGUAAAUGCAAGUGACCACCGCCCC